AUGGACGACGAAGACGAUAGCACCUACAACCCCAAAAAUUCUAUGUCCCCCGUCAUGGACGGCGCAGAUGAUCCAUCGACGCCUCCCGAAUUCCGCCGCAAUCGCAACAGUCAAGCCUCGAGUGAGGAUCCUACCGAUACCAGGAAGAGGGUGACAGGAUCGGCAAGGUCCUCUGGGAGCUGCACCGCCAACCACGAAGACACACCGGUGUUUGUGGGAAGGGCUCUGACUCGGCACGAGGACGAGAAUAGCGCAGAGCUGCGCAAAGAAAAUGUACAUAUGAAAGAGAUGGUUGAGGGGCUGAAAGAGGAAUGCCACCAGUUGGAAUCGUUCGGGGAAUACUGGAAGUAUAGAUAUGAUCACGUCGUCGACGUGGCUAUUCGACCCUAUGCAGAGUCAAAGCAUCUAGCGUUCGACGAGUUCACAGAAUCCUCUGUCAACACCAUCAGGAGGCUUCUUCUCGACGACGCACUACAAACUGAAGACCUACACCACCAUCUACACAGCAUGAGCCUCCAGAUACAAGACACGAGGGACGAGCUCGUGGCUUCACAGAUCCAGUGUCUAUCGCUAGAGGAGCAGAACAUCACUCGGCAGGCCGAGCUCCAAGACUUGGUUCAGAAUCUAGGAAUUUCUCAAAGUGAGACUCAGAAGAUUCAUGUGCAGAUGCGCGCGCUACAGAAAGAAAUGCUUGCCAACGUCUCGAAAGUCCAAGCCGUUUCGGACGAGACGUUCUCUCGAGAUUUCCACGCCCUUGCGUCGUCCAUCAGAUCACUAGGCCGUUCAGUCGUACCGGCACAGGGUGUGGAUGUACUGGAGAUCCUUCAGCCUUCGGAAUUCCUGGAAAAAGUAGGCAAGCAUCAAUGGAAUACCCGCGCACGUAAGAAGGCUUACGUCGAGGCUUGGAUCUGGUGUGCCCUCAUAAGCUACGUCUUCUUGAACCCUUUCACGUUCUUCGGGAAGAUCGCUAAAAAUCUCGAUGUCGCCUGGACCUGCAUUUUCGGAGAGGAACACGGUGAAGAAUGGCCGGAUCCAUCCCCAGACAGCGAAGCCUGGCGACUCAAUACAGUCAAGAACUUGUUGAAACAGAUCGGCCGAGAAACUGUUGCUGAAGGCCAGACUGGGGGAAAGAACUGGCACGCAAAUAGGGUAAUCGGAGACCUGCAAGAAUCAGUGCUCGAAAUGCGCGCGGCUACUGUCAACACAAUCAAAGGAAAUCUUGAGGCAAUCUCCCCAAAAGCGGACCUCGUGCAGAUUUCUGACAUUGUCAACCAAGCAUCCACUUUGGCUAUGAACCUGUCACUUCAGCGGUGCCGCCUUCAGGUCACCUAUCCAGAUAUCGGAGAGCGGUUCGAACCAGACGGUAUGUCUGCAGUACCUGAUCGAAAUGGGCAUGACAUUCGCGAAGGAGUCGUUGCGUUCGUUGUCAAUCCUGGUCUUACCAAAUGGGGCGAUGCCAACGGAAACCAUCUCGAAGAAUGGUACGAGAUCGUUCCUUCGCUCGUCCAGCUCGAGCCAUGUUAG